AUGAGCACACGUAGUACUCGUGUACGAGGUACUAGAGGCCAUGGUAGAGGCCAUAGAGGGGCUCAAGCUGAGUCAUUGGCAUCUGAUACUAUUUCGAAUUUGGAUACUAGCAAGACGCCAGUAUCACCUGUAAUAGAGAUUGGGUCUAGGUCUCAUGAUCAUGCAGCUGGGGACGACGAACUGUCCCAAGCCAUGCUACAGAUUUUAGAGAGGGUCGCUGGGCACAAUACUAGAUCUGGAGAUCGAGGGCUGGUUACGGAACGACUCCGGUCCAAUGGGGCUGAGUUAUUCAGGGGUGUCACUGGAGUCGCCCCUAAUGUGGCUGAGUACUCGAUGGAAGCCACAGAGAGAAUUAUGGACAACCUGGAUUUUACUGCUGAGCAAAAGCUUAAGAGAACUGUUUCUCUAUUACGUGAUGAGGCAUACCAGGGGUGGCUCACGGUUAAGGAUGGCACUCAGCCUGACCAAUUUACUUGGGAUUAUUUUGAGACUACUUUCCAGGGUAAGUAUGUGGGAGCCAGCUAUAUUGAUGCUAGGAGGCUGGCGACCGAGUAUGAGCGUUGUGUCCGAUUUGAGGAUGGUCUCAAGGAUAAUUUGCAAGUCUUGAUAGCUCCGCAGAGGGAGCAUGAUUUCUCUGUUCUAAUUGAGAAGGUGAAGAUUGCCGAGGAGGGUAAGCGUGCUGAGCACCAGAAUCGAGAGAAAGGAAAGAAUAAGAGGGAAUUGGAGCCUUCGACUACUGCGAUGAGGCAUAAGAAAAAGGCCAGAUCUGAUGGGUUAGUGAGAGUGGGGCCUCUUGCUAUACCUUCUAGGGUGGCGCUCUGUGGACAUUGUGGUAGACUCCAUCUGGGAGAGUGUUGGAGAACUACUGGGGCAUGCUUGAGGUGUGGGUCGACUGAGCACCUUGUUCGAGAUUGUCCAUUGAGGACCGAUCAGAUGUAG